AUGUAUCCUGAGGAACACCAUUUGGUGGCUGAAGUAGACAGGAUGCGUUUUGUACCUGUGUUUGAGAUGCCUUCACCGUUACCUGUGCCUCAGACAAGUCUAACUUCUCCUAAUCCUGGAAUUUCACCACCUCUAUUUUCUGUUUCUCAAACAACAAAAGAGAGGAUUAAAUGGAAAGGAAAACCCAAAAGAAACAAAAUAAAUAAAGAUGACAUUAGUUAUCCGAGCAACUUCAAGCACUUGGGCCAUGUGGGAUGGAAUCCACUAACUGGAUUUGCUACUAUCUUGGAUUCAGAUCUGAAGAAGCUAUUUAUUCAGGCUGGUGUAACAGAGGAUCAUCUAAAAAACAAGAGAACCUCUGAAAAGAUCUUUAAAACAAUUGAGAGGAAAGGAGGAAUAGAAGCUGUACGGAAAGAGGUCCAGAUAAGAGCCACAUCUUCAAGAUCCAGUUCUCAUCCUCUACUUCAUUCUACAUCAUCUUCAGAGCGAAGUUCAACCAUCAGUCCUAGUAUUGAACUAAACUCCCCAGUUCUAAGAGCAGAUGAUGGACUCAAAGCAAUUCUACUAGCACCUCCCUCUACAUCAAAAGUGCUGUUACCUACAUGGAAUGUCCCUUCAGUUGUCAUUGCACCAGCACCUCCAAUGCCACCUCCUUUGUCUCCUUCUAAAAGGCCAUCACCAAUGGGUCUACAUAAACCGACUCUCAGUCUGAAAGGACCGCAGCUGCAUAAAAUAAAAACUGAAAAGACCCCAAUUACUUUGCAUCAAAAUGAUGCAAUGGGUCAGAUCAGAAAGGGAAUCCAGCUGAAAUCGGCAAGGUAUCUUAUUGUCAAGAUACAGACAACAAGAAUGUGA